AAAUCUAAUGUGGAUACCAAGAUGACUCUACUCAAGUUCACCGACCUUCGCCACAAACCAAUCGGCAUGAUAAAUUGGUUUGCUGUCCACUGCACGAGUAUGAAUAACACCAACUAUCUCAUCAGCAGCGACAACAAGGGUUACGCUUCAAUGCUAUUCGAACAGCGGAUGAACAAAAAAAUGCCUCUUGGUAAAGGGCCAUUUGUAGCAGCGUUUGCACAAGCUAAUGAGGGUGAUGUCUCGCCCAACACCAGGGGCCCGAAAUGCAUUGACACAGGUUUGCCAUGCGAUGCAGAGACAAGUACUUGUGAUGGACAGAAUUUAAAAUGCAUUGCUUCUGGUCCUGGGAAAGAUAUGUUUGACAGUACGAGAAUCAUUGGAAAGAAGCAGUACGAAAAAGCUGUGGAACUCUUUGAUGCUGCAGAUAAACCUGUUACGGGGCCCGUUUCAUUUGCACACCAGUUCGUUGACAUGUCCAGAGCAACAGUGAGGGUCAAUGAAAGUACCAAUGUAAGCGUAUUGUCCAGCCAUUUAUAAACAUUUGUUAAAUGCUUACAAUUAAUACAUUUUUU